AUGGUGUUAGAGGCUGAUUCUCUACAAGUGACAAUUGAUAACCUUAUUCAACAGAAUCAGAUGAAUGGAGUGAGGAACAAAAACAACAAACAUUGUGAAUCUACCAGACAGUGGUGGAAAACAGCAAAUUCCAUCAGUGGCAAAGAAUCGAAAACUGUUUCCCUCAGGUCUUUGUUUGCUCUUGAGAAAGUGAAUAAAUACUUUCAGGAGAUAAAUUCUGAUGCUAACUACAAGGCUCCUUGUUACGUCAAUGUCCCUCAAGGUACCAGGCUCCCAAUUAGCGAUGAGUUCACUACCUUUAAUCCAUUCACUGUCUGAGAGGAACAUCAAAACCAACGUCAAAGUGAAACUGAGGAAUGGCGACCCACCCGAGAUAGAAGAACAUCUCCUUGAGGAGUGGAAGAAUUACUUCAGUUCACUUUUGAACAAUGACAGUGGCUUCACUCCAUCAGAGCUACCUCUUCCGGCAAGUAAUGAUCUUCCCAUCUGCACUGACCCUCCCACCCGCGAGGAAACGGCUGAAGCAAUUGCUGCUAUGAAAACCAACAAAGCAGCUGGCCUUGAUUGUGCAAUUACUGCAAAGGCUCUCCAAGGAGGUGGGGACCAGAUGAUUGAUAUCAUCCAUGCCUUCUGCUCGGAGGAGUACACCAACAUGUCACCUCCUAAACAGUGGGUAUCAAAUGUCAUCAUCCCACUACCGAAAAAGGGUGAUCUGUCUCAAAUGACAAACUACAGAGGAAUAAAUCUAAUGUCGAUUGCUGCCAAGGUUUAUAACAAAAUUCUCCUUAACCGAAUUCGACCUCACCUGGACCCUCUGCUACGAAAGAACCAGGCAGGUUUUCGUUCAGGUCGCAGCUGCGCCCAGCAAAUCCAUAUUUUGCGAAGAAUUAUGGAAGGAUUUAGAGAACACCAACUCCCAUUGAUUGCCACCUUUGUGGAUUUCAAGAAGGCCUUUGACACCAUCAAUAGGUCUGUGAUGUUCUCUGUUCUACGCCAUUAUGGCUUCCCAGAAACCUUGGUCAACGCAAUCCAGGUGCUCUAUACCAACUCUAGCAGUUCAGUGAUGGUUGAUGGAAGUAUCUCCAAACCAUUUAGUGUUACCACAGGAGUGCUUCAGGGUGAUGUAUUAGCUCCAUUUCUUUGUAUUAUCUUGGUAGACUACCUGCUGCUAAGGUCUACAGAUGGUGACUCUGAAGUGCUGAAUUGCCCUCGUAAAUCAAGUAGGUACCCUGCAAAAGUUUUAAAUGACUUGGACUUUGCAGAUGACAUCGCCUUGCUUGAGUCCUCCAUCUCCCGUGCUCAGUCCCAGCUAACCAGAACUGCCAAUGCUGCUGCUGACCUUGGACUUGUCAUCAGUGCUCAGACUUGACUUGACUUGUCAUCAGUGCAGUAGUGGGGAUCUCAAAAGAAGGAAAGGGCUUGCAUGGACAGCUUUUUGGAAGCUGGAAAGUCUGUGGAGAUGCCCUAACAUCUCUAUCUCCACCAAGAUCAAGCUAUUUAAUACUACCUGUGUCACUGUCCUUCUAUAUGGCUGUGAGUCGUGGGUCCUGUCGAAAGCAAUGGAAAGCGAGAUCUAUGCCUUUGGUACCUCAUGUUAUAGAAUUAUGCUCAACAUCAAGAGAAUUGAUAGGGUGUCCAAUGCUAAAAUCUAUGAUCUAACUCAGACUGCCCCGCUAGUAGAAAAUGUCAGAACCCGCCAACUGAGGUUUCUGGGUCAUGUACUCAGGAUGCCUGAUGAUGAGCCAUGCAAGGAGCACGCACUGUAUAUUCCACCACAUGGGAAGAGAAAACCAGGAAGGCAACGAACCCUGUUUCUCAGAUACAUUCAACACCUUUUGGGAGACACAGACAACAUGAUUGGCCUGGGUAAGCUGUCUGAAUUGGCACAGGAUCUUUGUGGCUGGAGGAAGCUUGUAGUCGCCUGCUCUGCAGCCUACCGAUGAUGAUGAUGAUGAUCAUUACCUUUAAGUUCCUUUCACAGCAAAAAAAGGAACUGCCGCUGGACCUGAUGGCCUGUCACAUUGGU